AUGUCAAGUGUAACUCAAUAUCUAUUGAAUCUACUCUUUGAAAGUAAGAUUUCAAAAUCUAAUUAAGCUAAAACUAUAUUAAAUAGAGCCUUGAAAAUAAUAUAUGGAUUUUGCUCUAAUUUUGUUACAACUUCAAAAUUAUUAGAAAUCACAUUUCCUAAUAGUAAAAUCUUAUAGCUUGAAAAUGCAAUUUCCUAUCUCUGUAACACUGCUAUCUUACCACAAGUUCACAUACCAUUGUUUUAGAUAUUUAAUUACUUAUCUUCCUACUAUCCAGCCACAUAAUUUUCAAAAUAUGAUGAAAGCAUUUUCACAUAUAUAGAACGCCUAAUAAUUAUUCUAAGAGUAUGCUACUUAAACUCAGUAAUUUAAAAUUGUAGAAUGAUUAAUAUUCAGCAACAAAUUAGAUUUUGA